CGACUUCUUUCCCGUCUGUCAAUCCAGCCCCAACCCCAAAACGCGACUGACCAAAUCCGACAACUCGCGGCAGACUUGGGAUGAAACGACGGUUGGCCGCCGUUUCCCUCGGGGUUUUUGGUUGAGUGAGCGACACGACCGCCCUGCGCUCUCAUCGUUGGCCAGCCCAGCCACCAGUGAAAAAGGAACAAACCCACGGGCGCGGUUCCCCGUCCCCACCUCGGAAUGCCCACGCCCUGCUCGACGCCGGCUCUAUCGUGACACAAUGGCCACCGACCUGGCGCUGGCCGGCAACGGCUCCCCGCCGGUCGAAAACGAGGAGCAGUUCUGGAAAGAACUCGCCGCCAUCUUCUCCCGCGACUGCGCCGGCUCGCACGAGUCCAUCGACGACACCCUGCGCGCGUGGCUGCACCUGGUGUCGUCGUGCCGCGAGCUGUACCUGGUGACCGAGGACGAUGUGGCCGGCUGCUCGCAGCUGCUCGUCGACAGCGCGACAUUUUGCCAGAACCACGACUACGUGCGCACCCAGAUCAUCUACAGCCUGCUGCAGGAGGACGAGGUCGGGCCCAUCCACGCCAUCGCCAACUUCAUGCUGCUCGACGGCCGGUCCGACGAGGCCGUGUUCCGCCGCAUGAUCAACGACGGCUGCUUCCCGCGCCUGGUCGGGCUCAUCAACGGCACCCGCGACAAGGACCGCCGCCUGCACCGCCUGCUGCUCGAGCUUGUGUACGAGAUGUCGCGCAUCGAGCGCGUCCGCCCCGGGGACCUGGCCCUUGUGACGGACGACUUUGUCACUUAUAUGUUUCAGGUCAUAGAGAGUUUAUCUGAUGACGUCGACGAUCCUUAUCACUAUCCCGUAAUACGCGUAUUGUUGGUUUUGAAUGAGCAAUACAUGGUGGCCUCUACCACUGCCGCCGUCGACCCUGCAUCCGCAGAUGCGGCACCGCUCCUGACAAACAGGAUUAUCAAGGUUCUCAGCCUCAGGGGGCCGGAUUUCAGGACGUUUGGGGAGAAUAUCAUCCUUCUGCUUAACCGCGAAACCGAAACCUCGCUGCAGCUCCUAAUAUUGAAGCUUCUCUACCUGCUAUUCACCACCAAGGCCACAUACGAGUACUUCUACACCAAUGACCUGCACGUUCUGCUCGACGUCAUCAUCCGCAACCUCCUCGAUCUGCCGAACGAGUCCAUGUCGCUGCGACACACCUAUCUUCGCGUGCUGUACCCACUGCUAGCGCACACGCAGCUCAGCCGCCCGCCUCACUAUAAGCGUGAGGAGGUCAACCGGAUGCUCUGGUUUCUUGGGGGCGCGGGCAACACGCACUUUGCGCCGGCUGAUGACACCACGGUUCGACUGGUCGACCGCGUGUCCAAGGUCAAAUGGCUGAGCGGGCCUGAGGGGUACGUCGAGGGUGAGGUGGCGCGGAAACUCUUUGGCAUCAGCCUCUCCGAAUCUCAAACCGCGAGCAGCGUUAGUGUCGUCGACGUGGCCGCGGUGAUGGAGAAGCCGGGUGUCCAAACACCAAGUCGCAAAGACGAGCAGCCUGGUGUCGACACACUAAAGGAUGAAAUUCACGCCAUCAACGACGACGCGCCACUCCCACCGGCAGAGGUCGCCGCUGCCGUUGCGGCAAGGCCAAAGAAGAUCCGGCCCGAGGUCCCGAAGCACCGACACGGGAGGCUUCUGACGCCGUCGCCGUCGCCUCCGGUGCCCAGGAGCGGCAAUGCUGUCGGUAACAGCGGCGCAGCGGCGCAGCCGCAAAAGAAGAUACCACCAAAGGCACCGCCACCACGACGAGGGACAAGGUUGCGACAGGCGGCGUCUGCCACGAACCUCAGGGGACCGGAGUCGACGCCGGUUUCCUAGGAGGGAAUACACGUGUCGUCGGGCGGCAGGGUCCGGCGAUGGCGGCAAGGAUUCACGUCAACGAACGACUCAGAUCCGAAUAACGACACGGACGAGGGUCUGCUGUGUGGGCUUCUGUCCCGUCGGCGGCACCGACCAACUAUAAAUGACGAAUGAGCUUAACGCGCUUUGCGAUGCCGCCACGAUUGCGUUAUUUUCUCUGGUGGCUUUUUCCCCUCGUUGUCGGCAUGAUGCAUUCUGGUAUCUCUUGAUAUCAUGUAAGAUUGCGCCAUGGUGUAGAUGCGCGGCACGAGGCGUUUAUUAUGGUUAUAUACUUGUUAAUACUCUGUGCGGGUCUCGACGGGUGAGGUUUCUUUUCUUUUUGUUUGUGUCUUCUUCUUGCUGUUGUUUCUCUUCCUUGUUAUAAUUCCCCUUCCCUUCCCCGCAUUGACAUGUCACAUAUCGCAAGGUCAACUCGACUCGACUCGAGAUGUUGGAGCAUACGUUGGAAACGUUCUUCGGAAGAACAAUGGAAUACCCCUGGAAACCUCGGUCUAGAAUUGAGCAGAUCUGACUUGAACUUCAUUUCCCUCAUCUCUCUACUGAAUAGCCCACCAAGCA